AUGAAGACCUUCGCCAUCAUCCUCGCGCUCGCCGCCACCAUAGUCUCCACCGCGUCCACCGCAGAUGACGGCACCACACUUGUCACACGCGACGCCAACUGCGACUUUUGCUUGGAGCGCUACGAAUUCUGCGUCAAGAACGGCCACACUGAGGGACAGACCGGUUGCAAACAGACCUGCGUUGAGCAUGUGUGCCACGUGUACCGCUACCAGGGCCAUGAGUGCAAGGACUGCGGUGGUGAAUUCGACAAGUGCCGUGAGAAAUCGCGAUACGUCUAG